AUGCAACCAAGCAAAGGCGUCUGUGUUCUUGUCCUUGCCCUCCUCGUCGCGGCGGUAGCCGCUGUCACUGCUGGAUUCCUCGGCGGCUACGGUGGUGGUUACGGUGGUUACGGUGGAGGCUACGGUGGAGGCUACGGUGGAGGAUAUGGUGGAUAUGGCGGAUAUGGUCACAGAGGAUAUGGGGGCCACGGCGGCUAUGGCGGCUACGGUGGUUACGGGGGCUUCGGAGGAUACGGAGGCCAUGGCGGCUUCGGAGGAUAUGGAGGCCACGGAGGUUACGGUGGCUACGGCGGCGGAUAUGGCGGCUACGGUGGUUACGGCCACGGCUGGUAG